AUGUAUACUAAAUUUCGAGAACUAUACGCAUAUGAUUACGAAGUAAAUAUUCUGAUGACGUCUCUAAGGCAUAGUGGCUUAUCGCCAAUUUUAUUGAAAUCUGUCAGAGAAUACACCACACAAUUAUGGCAAAGACAACGAGGCAACUGGCUGCCAGAAUUAGCUCAACAAGCACCGCAUUGUCUGCGCGAAGACCUUUUGAGUGCUCUCUACUUACACCACUUACAUACAGCGCCUCUGUUUAGAGAUUUACCGGAAUAUUUUAUUCGACAGAUGGUUGCUAGACUACGGAGGGUUGUCAUAUUUCCAGGCAAAUACAUUGUACGAGAAGGCGAUAUAAUGUCUCAUAUAUGCUUUAUUCAUGAAGGAGAAGUUGAAAAAUGGUAUACAGAUAAGAAUGGUGAAAAGAAGAUGGUGUCUGUAUUGAACACGAACGGAUAUUUCGGCCUGAUACCCGGACUUUUUCCAAACACUCCGUUCCAAUUCUCGUAUAUGUCGAGAACGGUGGUCGAUAUAGUAUUUCUAAGGUUUAAAGAUUGGCAAGAUCUAUCACAAGGCUACCCCGAUGUUAAAGAAAAACUGUGCGCUGCUGCCAAACGAUAUAGGAAGGAACGCGGAAGUCAUAUCAAU